CUAUUGUCAGUUGUCACUGUCGUAAAUCUAGUCCGUCACGUCACAACCGAACUUCGGAACUUUAAAAAUUACAUUACAUAUUUAUUAGCUAUUUUGCAAAUACGAUGAGUUGACGUGUAUUCUAAAGUACUUAUAAACUAAUGCAUUCCAUUUAAAAAAUUACAUACGUAAUUUAAAUUAAAAUGGCCGGUGCCCCGCUGAAAUUUGGUUCACUUUUAUCUAUAUGUAUUGUGUUGUAUGCGGUGUUUUACCGUAAGAAUUAUGAAAGUGAUUUAAGAUUAUCUCCUGUGAGAGAACAUCUGUUGUUUUUGGAGAGUGAAAAUAAAGUGGGUUUGGGUAAUCGGCAGCCGAAAGUAGCGCUAGGUUACGGCGCAUGCCACGACCUAUUCGUGAAUGCAACCUUGUUGCUAGACUACCGGGAACUGAAAGGCGCCCCGGAACAUUUCAACGAAAUAUCAAGCAAGGAAGAGUUUCUUAAAAGUUUUGCAUAUUUCUUCAAACAUGGAGCUGCAGCUGAGAGAUUUAUGUCUAAUGCCAAACUUUAUGAUGAGCUGAUAGAGCAAGCUCUGAAGCUCCCUGACACAAGAUGGGCCAUCGGUGGCAAUGCCCCAUUGAUGGCAAAACGCUUUCACAUGGAAGGUUGGAAAGUUUUGUUUGCAGCAAAAAUGAGUAAGAAAUUAAAAGAAUACAUUCCAGACGAGAUCAAAAUAGUUGGAGAUGAAGAAAAUGAGGAAGUGAAAGAUGAUGUUCACAUGAUCCUGGAGUACAAAUCAGAUGAAAAGUUUGGCUCAUACAGGGCACCAAGAGCCAACAGAUAUAUUAUGCAUAAUGAUGAAAACAAUCCGUUAUUAAGUUCCUUAGAGAAAUUUGGAGAUCACUUGCCAGGGUUUAAGCCUAACUUGCUAGUCAUUAGUGGGUUGCAAAUGAUGGAUAACUAUCCAUUUAAGACUGACAAUGAUAAAGAUCUCAGAGCAGAAAGACUUGAUAUGGUUAAAGAACAAAUUCUUUCCCAACCUUUAAACACACUUGCACAUUUUGAAAUGGCCAGCUAUGUUGACUUAGAAUUACUGAAACACUUAACCACUAAAGUCUUACCUUUUGUUGACUCUGUGGGCAUGAAUGAACAAGAACUGACAAAUUUGUACAGUGUUUUAGAAUAUGGUGAAGUAAGUGUUGUUGCCGACUCAAAUCCCAGAGUGGCAACUGCUUUGGAUCAAAUGCGUAAAACAUUUCAUCUUAUAAAGAAACAGAACAAAAAGUAUGAUAGCAACCGCAGACUAACUAGAAUCCAUGUCCACACAUUAGCAUAUCAAGCUAUAAUGACUGUGAAGGAUUCAAAAUGGAAGAGAACAGAAGCAGCAGCAGCUAAGGCAUCAUUGACUGCACACAGAUAUGUGUGUAAUACAAAAGAAAUAUCGCUAGAGAAAGCUAAAUUAUUGCUUGACGAUAGUUUCUCUACAACUACAGACAAUGAUAACAACAGCAGGGUGUUCUUUGAGCCAUCAAAGCCUGUAGCAUGUUGGGAGGAGGAAGUAGAUGGUGACAAGGUCGAUAUUUGUGUAGCUCCUGUUCUUAUUUGCACUGAAGCUCAGCUCACCGCUGGUGCUGGUGACAACAUUUCUGCGGCAGGCCUGAUCUUGCAAGUGGAAAAAUGA